UGUGAUUCUUCUUACGUCAUCCCAGACUCUUCCGGGUUAUUUCUUUAGGUUAAACUGUGGACUUCGCUGGUUUGGUGACACUUUUAGCUAUAGUACCGCCGAGAUGAAUCGUAUCUUUGGCCGAGGGAAAGCCACAGGGCCCCCACCAAACCUAACGGACUGCAUAGGAAGUGUUGACUCCAGGGCGGAGUCCAUUGACAAGAAAAUCGCCAGACUAGAUGCUGAACUUGCCAAGUACAAGGAUCAGAUGAAGAAGAUGAGAGAUGGGCCUUCAAAGAACAUGGUGAAGCAAAAGGCCAUGAGAGUUCUGAAGCAGAAGAGAAUGUAUGAGGGGCAGAGAGAUAAUCUCAUGCAGCAGUCGUUCAACAUGGAACAAGCAAACUACACGAUCCAGAACCUGAAAGACACUAAAACCACAGUUGAUGCCAUGAAAGUCGGCCUCAAAGACAUGAAGAAAGCGUACAAGAACGUGAAAAUCGAUAAGAUCGAGGAUAUCCAAGAUCAGCUGGAGGACAUGAUGGAGGAUGCAAAUGAGAUCCAGGAGGCGAUGAGCAGGAGCUACGGCACUCCGGACAUCGAUGAGGACGACUUGGAAGCAGAGCUGGACGCCCUGGGAGACGAGCUCCUGAUGGACGACGACAACUCCUACCUGGACGAGGCUGCGACUGCUCCCUCCAUCCCAGAGGGUAUCCCUGGAGACAGAUCCACCAACAGGGAUGGCGUUCUGGUAGACGAGUUCGGCCUUCCUCAGAUUCCUGCUUCUUAAAGGAGUAAUUUGAUCAAACGAUGUGCAAGUUUUACAUGCAUCAUAUUAUUCUUUCCCCCUUUUUUUUCUGUAUUUAUCCAACUGACGCUCCAGGUCUUUGGAGACAGCAAUGAAAACCAAAACAUCUUAUGACCGAUGAAUGAUAGAAUAGGAAGUUCCAAUCAGGCUCUUUUAAAGUUUAUGAUCAUGUUUCUUUAACUGGACUCACUUUAGUUUGUCUGAAUGGUUGGAAAAGGGUUUCUCUUAACGUUGUACAGUUUCCGAAGUUACAAACGCAAUAAAUUAUAUUUUUCAAGUG